AUGAAGACAAUCUUGUUCACAGGGAGCACAGAUGGCAUCGGCCUGGAAGCAGUCCGCAUGUUGGUCGGCAAAGGCCACCGUGUGUUGAUGCAUGGCCGCAAUGCCAACAAGCUUGAAGCAGCUGCUCAGGAAUUGGGCGUCACCGACACCUAUACGGCCGACCUUUCUGAUUUAAGUCAAGUGUAUCGCAUGGCAUCCGAUGUCAAGGCCAAACAUGAUCGUCUGGAUGUGCUAGUCAACAACGCCGGAGUCUUCAAGGCUCCCAAUGCCGACCGUCGUACCGUCAAUGGAUUGGAUACACGUGUGGCUGUCAACGCCAUUGCACCUUACAUUCUCACCAAGGAGUUGUUGCCAAUCAUACCCAAACACGGUCGUAUUAUCAAUGUCUCCUCGGCUGCUCAGUCCCCAGUCGAUUUGAACAAGGCACUCCCCUCUACCGGACUCAAGGCAGGAAGUCCUUCACCAUAUGGUCAAGAUUUUGAUGCCUACGGACAAUCCAAAUUGGCCAUCAUGAUGUGGAACAAUGUCAUGACAGCAGAUCAUCCCAAUCACAUUUUGGCAUCCCUCAAUCCCGCCUCCAUGAUUGGAACCAAAAUGGUCAAGGAAGGAUUUGGAGUGGCAGGAAAGAGCCUCGAUAUUGGACGAGACAUUCUGGUAGAGGCGGCUGUUGGCAAGAAGUUUGAACGAGCUUCCGGAAAGUACUUUGACAAUGAUCGUGGUAACUUUGGAAAUCCUCAUCCCGAUGCCAACAAUAUGCGCAAGUGCAGGAACUUUGUCCAAGCCAUGGAUGAAUGGUUGGCAACUCAUCUUUCCGAGACUUGCCAGGCGGGAGAUUCUUUGAACUAA